AUGACAAGCUCUAAAGACUAUAAUGGAGCCAAGCUCCACGUGGUAAUGUUUCCAUGGUUAGCCUUUGGCCAUAUGUUUCCACACUUGGAGCUCUCAAGGCUCAUUGCUCAAAAGGGUCACACCGUCUCUUUCAUCUCCACACCUCACAACAUCGACCGCCUCCUCCCACGGUUGCCGGAGAAUCUCCUCCGCCAUCAAUUUCGUCAAAUCCCACUUCUUCCCAACAACAAACUCCCGGAGGACUGCGAAGCCACCACCGACGUUCCUCUCCAUCUUGUACCUUAUCUGAAAAUCGCCAUGGACGGAAUGCAAACCCCGGUGACGGAGUUUCUUGAAUCUUCCAAACCAGAUUGGAUUCUUCAGGAUUUCGUGCCUCAUUGGCUUCCCUCGGUUUCUCGCCGCCUCGGAUGUAAAACUGGAUUCUUGAGCGCUUUUAGCUCCGCGACUUUAGCGACUCUGAAACCGCCGGGAUUCGAUGAGGAGUACCGUACGUCGCCGGCAGAUUUUCUUACGCCGCCUAAGUGGGUCCCAUUCGAAACUACCGUAGCUUACAAGCUUUACGAGUGCCGGAACUUAUUCAAAGGUUUCAUGGCGGAGACCUUCGAAGGGAAUAUCCCCGACGUGGACCGUAUGGCCGGCGUACAACGGUUGUGA